GGAUCUUUACUACGUCAAGGGAUUUAAGUGCCCAUCUACAGAGCACAUUCACGAGAUCUGCCUCCAGCUGAACCAGUAUGGACAUGUUGAGGGUAAGAACAUUUACUUUUGGUUCCAGAACGUCAGGGCUCGAGAGAAGCAGAUGAAUAGGUGUAAUCAGGCUGCUCCAGUGCCCAUGGGAACUAGUUCUCUUGGUACUGGUGGAUCCAUCGAUCUCAAUUUUGGGUCCACUGGUUCUACUGGUGCUGGUGGAUCCAUCGACAUCAAUUUUGGGCCAGCUGGUGGAUCCAUCGACAUCAAUUUUGGGUCCACUAGUUCUACUGAUGAUGGUAGAUCCAUUGAUCUCAACUUUGGUUCCACCUAUUCUACUGGAGGACAAACAUCCCUACAACAACGAGGAGGAGAUCACCAGGAGGUUCAAACUCUUCCUCUGUUCCCCGUGCACGGCGAGGACGUCUUUGGUAACCUGAAGACUACUUCCGAGGAAGGUAGCGCAUUUGGUUACUAUUCUGGUGGCUCAGGCGGUUACCACAGUGGCUCAAACGUUUCUCUUGAGCUCAGCCUCAACCCAUCCGGAGCUGCUGACUAGGCUUAGUAUAGAAUAGUCCUCGUUUCCCUUUUUGUAAUAUAAAAUCAAUAAGAUUGUGUGCAUGUUUUCUUUUCUUUUUGUUUAACCAACAACAACACCAAGGAUCGAACCUUGGUCACUCAAUACUCUUUUCAAAACCAUCGAGAACUCUGCUGCACACAUCUUUCAUAAUGAUGCAAUAAAAACAAUCACUCAAAACCUAGCAAUCAAUUAAGUCACACAGAGGUCAAGCUAGUAUCCUCUGAGUCAAACCAAACACAAUAAUUUCGUCGCUAGAAUUAGGGAUUAAUAAAGCUAAACACUUCCUGAGUUAGUUAGGAAAAACCCACAUCUUUAGAGUUACACUUACAACUCUAAAAAAAAAUCUCGAUCAUUCCAUCUAUCAAUUGCUUCAACAAGCAAUAUGUACCAUCUUAGCAUCCACUAAUCGAUACUAGUACAACACUCAGUAUCUCACC